UUUUAGUUGUUGAUUCUUGCUUGAUUUAUAGUCAACCUAUGAAGUUUUAAUUCAAGUUUAGAGCCAUGAGUUUUGUUUUUCGAGGAGCAAGAGCUGAUAUAGAAAAUGGAUUUCCUGGAUUUAUACCUGAGAGGCGUGCAUUGCGUGUUCAUGCAGCACGUCCUAGUAAUUCCAACUCACUCACUUUUCUCGUAACAGUUCUCCUGUUAUUCAUGAUACUGAACUCUCACCAGAUGUCACCAAAUUUUCUGCUCUGGCUGGUGCUUGGUGUUUUCUUGAUGGCUACAAUGCUAAGGAUGUAUGCAACAUGUCAACAGCUUCAAGCACAAGCCCAAGCUCAUGCAGCAGCAGCCAGUGGCCUUCUCGGCCACACAGAACUACGGUUGCAUAUGCCUCCAUCGAUAGCACUUGCAAGCCGAGGGCGUCUGCAGGGUCUCAGACUUCAGCUGGCACUUCUUGAUCGGGAGUUUGAUGAUCUAGAUUAUGAAACUUUAAGAGCUCUGGAUUCGGAUAACGUUUCUACUGCACCUUCUAUGACUGAGGAAGAGAUAAAUGCUCUUCCUGUCCACAAAUACAAGGUUUCUGGUCCUCAAAAAAGUAGUUCCUCAAUGCAACAAGCAACACCUUCCACUUCUGCUGAGAAGACACAGGAUAAUUUAAAUGCGGUUGGAAACUCAAAGGCCUCUGAUGAUGAGCUCACUUGCAGUGUAUGCUUGGAGCAAGUUAAUGUUGGAGAUGUACUUCGUAGCUUGCCCUGCCUGCAUCAGUUUCACGCUAGUUGCAUUGAUCCCUGGCUGCGGCAACAGGGGACUUGCCCUGUCUGCAAAUUUCGAGCAGGAUCUGGGUGGAAUGACAGUGGACAUAAUGAUAUUGCGGACAUGGUUUGAGUACCUCGUCUAAUUUUUAAUUAUGAUUUUGUGAUCAUAAUAAUCUAUUAUGACUGAAACUCACUCGUCAUGUAUCAAAGUUUGUAGCUUAUGACUUGUUUUCUUGUAAUUACCCUGACGUAGGGAUUUGAGAAAUAGAAGAAUACCGUCUAACAACUAUAGAUGUUCCUCUCAAAAAAAAAAAAAAAACAACUAUAGAUGUUAUACAUUUUGUUUCCUAUAGAUUACCAAGUUUGUUGGUUCGCUAUGUAAAACCAAACAGCAAGUACAAACUUAAUUUUAAGGCCUUGUACUGUUGUACAUUUAUACUCUGUUAGUGAGUCCUAAGUUUGCUUUAGUUUUA